AUGGUCGAACGGACAGAACAUGACUGUCGCACUAGCGAAUCUAGCGACGAUAUCGAACCGCAUCGCAGCGACGAGGCAGAUGGAAUCGGAGCAUUGGAGAAGCAAAGUACUGCGGCAUCGGGUUAUUCAGCCUUUGAACAACAGCGCGGACAGUCAAUAGUCUCGCGCAUUCGGAGUCUCGAGGCCGGUCAGACGGCGAAAUUCACUCAUCCACUCAGCCAUACCAAGACAGGUCCUGAUGUCAUCGUGGAUUUCGAAGGACCGGAUGAUCCUUACAGACCAUUGAACUGGGAUUUCAGGAAGAAGGCUAUCACGACGGUGCUGUAUGGAUUAACUACUAUGGGUGCGACGUGGGCGAGUUCAAUCUACUCAACCGGCCAGGCACAGAUCAGCGAGGAAUUCGGCAUCUCAAAUGAGGUCGCUACACUCGGCACCUCAUUGCUUUUGUUCGGCCUGGGAUUGGGCCCGCUGAUCUGGGCACCUCUGUCUGAGCUAUAUGGGCGCAAAACGGCAGUUUUACCGCCAUACUUUCUCGCGGCCAUCUUUUCCUUCGCGACAGCCACCGCCAAAGAUGUGCAGACUAUUAUGAUCACUAGAUUUUUCACGGGGUUCUUCGGCUCGGCCCCUGUUACCAACACCGGCGGUGUCCUGAGUGAUAUCUGGAGCCCCGAGCAGCGUGGAGCUGCCAUUGUCGGCUAUGCCAUGGCCGUGGUCGGUGGGCCUGUUAUUGGGCCUAUUGCGGGUGGUGCCAUCGUCCAGAGCAAUCUGGGAUGGCGCUGGACUGAAUAUAUCACUGGUAUCAUGAUGCUAUUCUUCCUAACCAUGGACCUUCUCUUCGUCGACGAGAGCUAUCCACCAGUUCUAUUAGUCUACAAGGCACAACGACUCCGCUUCGAAACCGGCAACUGGGCCCUUCAUGCACGCCACGAAGAAUGGGACGUGACCCUCAAAGAAAUAUGCAACAAGUACCUGGUCCGGCCCUUCCAACUCCUCGCAACCCCAAUCUGCUUUCUCGUCGCCCUCUACGCAUCAUUCGUCUACGGCAUCCUCUAUCUCAGUCUCGCAGCCUUCCCAAUCGUCUUCCAGGAAAUCCGCGGCUGGAACCAAGUCGUCGGCGCCCUUCCCUUCCUCGCCUACCUAGUCGGCAUUAUGAUGGGCGGGUGCAUCAACCUCGCCAACCAGAAAUUUUACAUCAAGCGCUUCAAAGCGAACAACAACCGCCCCGUCCCGGAAGCUCGUCUCCCGCCCAUGAUGCUCGGCUCUGUGCUCUUCGCCGGCGGUAUGUUCGUCUUCGGUUGGACAAGCGCAAAACACUUCCACUGGAUUUGCCCGAACAUCGGUGCGGUCAUGAUGGGCUUCGGCUUUUUCACCAUCUUCCAGGCUGCUCUUAACUACCUCAUUGAUACAUUCCAGAAAUACUCCGCUAGCGCGAUCGCUGCGAACACUUUCCUGCGCUCUAUGUUCGCGGGCUGUUUCCCGCUCUUUACGCGCGCUAUGUUCCAUAAUCUUGGCGUUCCUUGGGCUGCUAGCGUGCUAGGCUUCAUUUCCGUUGCUCUCAUUCCCAUUCCGUAUCUAUUCUACAGGUACGGGAAGCGGAUCCGAGCGCGCGGGAUAUGGUCGCGAGAUUCGGUUUAA